CCAGGGAAGCCCCCGGGGUGGGAUUUUAAUGCCGCAAAGGCCUACUAAUCCGAUUACGUCUUUGGAAAUUUACUUUAUUCAUACUACUUAGAUAUAACUUAGACCACGAAAACGUGAGCUAAAUCCUGCCUGCAAACGCUUAACAGUCUGAAGUCGAGCUGGGCGUAGAGGACAGGGCUCGGACGGCUAGAGGGACAUGCAGGGCUCGCGGCCCCGCCGGGUCCUCCAGGCUCCCGGUGUGCAGCGCGGCGAUCCCGGCGUGCACCGCGGCGCGCGCAGCCGGCCCCAGGGAGCUCGCUGUGGACGGCCGGUGCGGCGGCGGGGCUGUGUGGAGCUUCGCGGGUGCUGUCGGCCGGAGGCGAAGAGGCGGGGUCGACAUGGAAGUGUGUUCCAGUUACUAACUGAUAUGAAAGAGCAGCGUAAAGAAAGUGGAAAGAAUAAACACAGUUCCGGGCAACAGAACUUGAAUACUAUCACGUAUGAAACAUUAAAAUACAUAUCAAAAACACCAUGCAGGCACCAGAGUCCUGAGAUUGUGAGAGAAUUUCUCACAGCAGUGAAAAGCCACAAGUUAACCAAAGCUGAAAAGCUUCAGCUGUUGAAUCACAGGCCAGUGACUGCUGUUGAGAUCCAGCUGAUGGUGGAGGAGAGUGAAGAACGGCUGACAGAGGAGCAGAUAGAAGCUCUGCUCCACACCGUCACAAGCAUCCUCCCUGCGGGGCCAGAGGCUGAGCAGAAGCAAAAUACCAACGAUGACGUGACAAUGGACGAAGAGGACCCAGCAUAGAAGAGCACAACUGGCCCAAGUGUCUCGUGAAGUUGAAAGGCCCAGCAACCAUUUCCCAGACAUUCAGAGGAUUAUUUAUUUGGUUUUACCUUCUAUCCCAACAGGCCUGAUUUCCUGGUUAGUUGGGUAAACCACAAAAAUAAGCCUUUCUCAAAAACAAGCUAAAAAGAAAUCCUUGUGCUUCUGAAAGAAGAAACAUGGUGGAUAGGCUGAGGUUGUCAGGGCAGAGAGCUAAAGAGAGGAAGAGUGAGUCCAAGAGGACAAUACUGUGGAACUCUCUGUGUAAAAAUAUUUCUUCUGUGGCCUUUGCCAUGGUUGUGGGAAGGUCCCUGU